CUGUUUAGAAAGUAGUGUUUGAAACAGGUUAUGUUACUUGUUACAUUGAGUGCAGAAUGUAGCAAUGUAAAAGGUUGUUUUGAAAGUAGUUUCAUUUAAUUCAUUUCAACUUAUUUUCAUGCUUAUAUCCAAUUAAGGUUAAAGCACGCUGUCCUGGACACACACCUCAGCAAUAGGACUGCAGUGGGUUAGUUGUUAGUGGUUAGUGAGAGAGAAGAUGGUGUAGUGGUCCUAUACCUACACAUGGAGUCAUUAAACCUCACUCUGAGUAGGAGCUGGUACCAGGUUGUGAACACUACCUGCCAGUGGGUUAGUUGUUAGUUGUUAGUGGUUAGUGAGAGAGAAGAGGGUGUAGUGGUCUUACACCUACCCAUUGAGUUAUUAAACCUCGCUCUGGGUGGGAGCCGGUACUGGGCUUUGAACCCUGUACCUACCAGCCUUAUGCCUGAUGACUUAACCAUGACACCACCGAGGCUGUAGUAGUAAGUAGUUAACAUGGUGGAUCAGUAGGCGGAGUUACCUUUGCAAUUCCAGCUAAGUUGAAUCCCUUUCCAAAAGAUAAAUAAGCAAUGUUUGGUUUCAUUUAUUUUAUUUUCUGCGUGCGACUCAUUAAAAUGUUUUGUUGAAUGUGAUAAUACCUUUUUCCUCCCCAAACGUUUCUAGGAAUGUGGCAGAAACGGAAGCAGAAAAAGGGCUGAACCAAAAGCUGUUAGGCUAAUCAAGGGACUUAACUCUAAUAUGACUGUAAAUGAUAUCGGAGUUAUCUUUCUUUUCAAGGUGCGCAGAAUGCCCAUCCACUCUGGUGUUGUAGGGCAUGGGGAGAGAAUUCUGCUACAGUUUUGGGAUACGUCGGGACAGGAGAGAUUUCGCAGUCUCACGACAGCAUUUUUCCGUGAUGCUAUGGGCUUCCUAUUGUUGUUUGACCUGACCAAUGAGCAGUCGUUUCUGAACAUACGGAACUGGCUGACGCAGCUACAGACUCACUCGUACUGCGAGAACCCCGACAUAGUGUUGUGUGGCAACAAGGCAGACCUGGAGGAGCAGAGAAGGGUGUCUGAUGAAAGGGCGAGGGAAAUCUCAGAGAAAUACGGAUUGCCGUACUUUGAAACGAGUGCUGCAACUGGUCAGAAUGUGUCAAAAGCUGUUGAGUGUUUGUUGGACCUGGUCAUGACGCGAAUGGAGAAAUGUGUCGAUAAAUCGCAUAUGCCGUGGGGAGGUGUUCGGAACGGCCGGCUAAGCAAGGCGGAGAUGGGGGAGACGAAAAAUGAAGGGGGUUGUGCAUGCUGAUAAAUAUACCGUUGUUUAUUUAUUACUCUAUUGUGAUUGUGAUAGCAACUUCAUUAACACUGCCACGAGGCAAUGGAUGUUUUUAUUUGAGAGUUUAAGUUUGGUGUCAGAAUUGGGAUGAAAAACGAAACUGGAACAAGAGUUUAGAAAACUUUGCACGGUCUUCGAAAGGAGGGGUUUACUGUGAGCUUUUCAUCAAAAAACAAGGAUGGAAACAGUUUUAGGGCAUUCUGGAGAAAUAGGGAGGAUUUUCUAAAGGGGCACUGCCACCAUUCCUGCCCCCCCCCCCUCUUCCACACAACUUCACUCAUUGACCCAACCCAACCUCUUAGAACUGAAAACGUUUCUGCUGUUUUAUCAUUAUCAUCAGUAGCUAAUUGAUUUGUUUAAUCAUCAGCUAUCAGAGAUGCCAACUAAUAUGAAUUUGCAGAAUCAUUAUGAAUUUAAAGCAUAGAUUACGCUAUUAUGAUUGUCUUGUUCAAAAUUCUGAUUUUUAGAAAGAAAAUCAUAAUUUCGCUUAUUUGGUGUCAGAUCGUAUUUUGGAAGGCAGAAAUGUUGUUAACACCGGAGAAAUGGAACUUUUCCCCUCUUCACUGUCAACAAUCAUAGAUUGGUUUCCUGCCUUGUUCUUUAAACUUAUGGAUUCUGAAUAGCGAGCAUAGCAAGCGUGGGCAAUAUAGAAUAAACCAGUCUAGCAAUCAGUUUUCCGAGCAGCCCCGAUGUUUGCCGCUUGGGAACGGCCUUGAACUUGACUUCACUAAAAUGUUAAAAAAAACGUGCUCCAGAGCCAUUACUGAUAACAUUCCUAUUUUGGGGAGGGGGUGGGGGGUGCCUAUUUUUGAAGGCCUGGAUUCCUAUGACACUCCAACUAGGACUGGCAUCUCUGAGCUAUUGAAUGUGAAAGACUGUAGGUCCUGAAGUUAAUGCCAUCAUAAUAUUAAUGCGAAACAUUGUAGCUUGUGUUAUUUGCAUAAAUAAUAUUACAUAUUUAUUUCUAGACCGUCCUCG